AUGUAUUACUAAUUAGCACAACUAUCUUUUUCUGGUUUGCUUUUGUUGAUCCAAAUCGUUUUUCUAUACUUCAUCAGAAGAAGAAACCAGAGCUCAAGCUAAGUAUUCUAAGAAGUAUAGUAAGUAAAAGAAUCGGAAGGCCAUACGUAAAAUGGUUAAUAGAUGAGGGCUUCGAUCAUGAUAAACACCAAGAAUAGGAAGAGUGUUCAAUCAGGUAAACACAAUAGCUUAAAACUUGAUGGGAUUGAGGAGCUCCCACCUAUGACUUUGGGGAAUAAUUAGACUCAUCAAUACACCGAGGGAGCUGCUAAGGAUCAAAAAUUGUAGAUGCAUAAGAUUGAAUCACCCAAUAGCAGUACAAUUCUUUAAGUACAUGCUUAAAAAGUAAAAUCUCAAACAGAAAAUCCAGAGAGUCAUCGAGAUCCUUUUGAUUAAUUAAUCGGGGAUUCUGGACCCAAGUAGAGGAAAAUUGAUCUGAUGAUAUAGUUAACAUAUUACAUUGAACGAAUUGGAUUUGAGUAAGGAUUUCUCUUGUUGCUAUGGAAAUUUGAUUUAAAUUUUUACAUCUUCAUUCCAUUGUCUCUGUUUUCAGGAGUGCUGCUAAGAAUGUAAGAGAAAUUGGGAUACAGAAUGAUUUAGAUGAUGGUAUCAAUUUUGAUCCAUGGACUUGUUGUACUCGAGAUGUACCUCUUGACUACAGAUGAAUAUGAAACCAUUUGUUAUUUAAUAGUGUUGGGAAUAGAGACUAAGUUCAGUGUGAUAUCAUUGAUUUUGCAUAAGAAAUGCCAAUGA